AUGACAACAUGCACCAAGAUGUCGGAGGCGCGAGAGGAGCCUACGGUGGGAGCGUCGUCUGGCACCGAUUUCGACGUGGACCAAGACCGAGCGAUGAAGCGCCGCAGACACUCCUCCUACAACCCUCAGCAAUGGAAUCUGGAGGAGAACGCCCAGGUCAUGGUCGACCGCUUCUUGAACGAUCUUGGACGCAGACUGGACAUGCUCGAGACCUAUGGGCACUUGAAAUUUGACGAGGGAGUGAAGAGCAUACACGAUACACUUACAGCUGUACAUGAGAGAUGCAACAAAGUUUCAGACGACAUAAUAGAUGCCGGACGGAGGAGACACAAGAUCAUUGUUGAGACGUUGGAAGCGAGCUACCGCGAUGCAUUGGCGAGAAGAGAGACAUUCGAACAGAAAGUGCAGGAGGGUGUCAAAAUGCUGGAGAUGAACCUGACUGCACUCGAGCAACGGGCUUACAAGAUGAAGGAGGUCGGUCUCGCAGCGACAGCACACGAGAUGUUGGACACCAGUAUCGCCUACAUGGACAGGACAUCGACCAAGGCCGCAGAGAUAGUGCACGAGGGUGCAGAUGCCGCAAGACGAGCAAAGGAGCGCAUGAAGGUCAAGAUUGAGACGGCGAUUGCCAACGCCCGCAAACACGGCCUGAUCACCUACGACAUGCUUCCAGAACCAUGGCGCGUCAACCCACACAUCAAGAACGGCUAUCGCUUCUCGGAGACUAAGAUCGACUGCAUUCGUUCGUGCUUCAGGAUCUCGAACGAGUUCGUCAACAUCUGGUCCCAUGCCAUCGGUCUUGUCAUUGUCUUGGCUCUGGCUUUCUACGUCUAUCCAUCUACUCCGGCCUUUGCAUCGGCGACACGCUUCGAUAUCUUCAUUGCCGGCUGUUUCUUCUUCGCCGCAUGCAAGUGCCUGGUCUGCAGUACCAUGUGGCAUGCCAUGUCCUCGAUCUCGAACCAGACCCUGAUGGAGCGCUUCGCAUGCGUUGAUUACACUGGCAUCUCUCUCCUCGUCGCGGCUAGCAUCAUGACGACAGAAUACACUGCCUUCUACUGCGAACCCUGGAGUCGCUGGAUCUACAUGACGUUGACCUUUGUGCUGGGCGUUGCAGGCACCAUCCUGCCGUGGCACCCGACUUUCAACCGCGCCGAUAUGUCUUGGGCUAGAGUGGGCUUCUUUGUCUCGCUUGCGGCGACUGGCUUCUUCCCCAUCGCGCAGCUCACCUACGAGCGCAGCUGGGCGGAGACCAGCUACUUCUACGCCCCGAUUAUGAAGUCCAUCUUCGUCUAUCUCGGCGGCGCGAUCCUCUAUGCUGCAAAGAUCCCCGAGCGAUUCCUCCCAGGCUGGUUCGACUACGCUGGAUGUUCCCACAACAUCUGGCAUUUCGCUGUCCUUGGUGGCAUUCUGUUCCACUACACUGCCAUGCAGAGCUUCUUUGGGGUGGCAUUCAGACGAGCAGAGAUUGGCUGCUCGGCAUAUUAG